CUUCGCUUACAGGUAUGGAGUUUAAACGCCGUAAUGGUGGCCCUCCCAUGGGAGGUUCGUCCCAAGCCAAGCGAGGUAAAGUGAAUGGCGAAUGGGAGGAUAGUCCAUCCCAGUUUGAGGAAGAAUUGUUGAUGUUUGACGAGGCAGAGAUGGAUAUGGAGGACAUGGAGGGACAGGCAGGACAUGAUGUCAUUCCUGUUGGUGACCUUUUCUCAGCAGACCUAAACCCACGUUGGAGGAGACCUCAUGCCCCCACACUGGACCCAUCCUCUGAAACAUUAGUGUUCCAGCAGAUUGAUCUAGACUAUUACCUCGGUAACUCUGUAGCUGGCAUGCCAGGCCAAUCACAAGCAAAAGUACCAAUCAUUCGGAUGUUUGGUGUAACUGACAGCGGCAACAGUGUGUGCUGUCAUGUUCACGGCUUUGCGCCUUACUUCUAUGUUCCUGCACCAAGCGGAUUUUCAUCUAACUACCUCGGUGAAUUUAAAAGAGAGUUGAACUCUGUGGUUCUUAAGGACAUGCGCUCCAAUAAGGACAAUAUCUCCAUCACGGUGCUUGCUGUGGACAUCUGCCGCAAAGAGAGCAUGUACGGUUACCACGGGCAGCGCAGCCUGGAUUUCUUGCGGAUUACGAUGGCGAUGCCUCGUCUCAUCGCGCCUGCAAAGCGACUGCUGGAACAGGGCUUUAAGUUUGGACCAUUUCCAGUCCAGAGCUACCAGGCCUAUGAGGCCAACAUAGAUUUUGAAAUUAGGUUGGUAUGGUUAAAUUUUGAUCAUUUUAUUUUACUUGAAAAAAGCACCUAAUUAUAGAGGAAAUAU